GGGACUAUAAUUUUAGAUAGAGAAGAAGAAGUAAGGUGUCACUACUUCCGUUGUAGGUAAGUUUCUCUCCUCGCUUCAGCAAGCGCUCAUGUGGCGGCGCAGUCGUCGCUUGCCUAUUGCCUUCCUAAGCAAAACGGCAAACCCAACUUAUGCCUUAACCCACCCAAGGUUCGUCGAAUUUAUGCAAUCUUAAGAGUCUCCCACAAACCUUUAUAUUUCUCUUUAAACCGCACCGUUACUCUUCAUCUUCAACCUCCAGAUUUCAUACACCCAAAGGAAAGACAACAAAUCCCUCUCCUCUCCUCUCUCUCUCUCUCUCUCUCUGCGUCUCUGUUGUUUCUCUCCGGCUGAGUUCUCCUCCAUGGCCGGCCUGUGGGGACAGAGCUUUCACCACGUGGGAACCGACCCAUCAAUCAGCAGAAGCACCUCAUUGGCUAGGAGUACUAGCAGUGGGUCCUACUACAACAGCUACAUGGAGCAGGGAAGCAGCAACUACACGUUGAUGGAGAAAAGGCAGCUUUUUCUCAGAAGCUACCAGUUCAGCAGAAAGAAGAGCCUGACGGAGAGGAUAAAAGGGUCUUUUUGCAAAGUCAAGAGGGUGAUAUGCCUGCGGCUGAGGUCGGCGAGGAAGCUCCGGAAGUUGGUUUGUUUCAGGCUCAGAUAUGGCGUUUCUUACCGGAGAAGAAGACUCUGCCGUCUGCUGAAUAAUUACCGUCAUACCCGCAAAUGCGAUAAGUCCUAUUGCUUCUGGUAGGGAGUACUCGAAACUCGUGUCAAUGUCUAAUUCUUCUCUCUCCCUCUGUUUUCGGGUUUCUUGUACUUAUUUUUUAGCCAUCUCCAAUCGAAAUUAAAUAUUUUCUGACUCUUUUCUGCACCGAUUGGGUCGGAAGGUUAAAAGAGGAGUGCUAAAAUUACUUAGUCUUACAAUUUCUUUUGUUUAUAUGUAAUUUCAAAGAAAAAAAAAGUGGUGCUUGAACUUGAAAGCAUUAGAAUUUGUGGUAUUAGAUUCACACCCCACAAUUGAUCUUGUUUCCAAGAGUAU